UUUUUUUUAACAUCUAUUUUGUUUAUUAACUUGUGGUUUUUGUCUUGAAGGUGCACUGUUCCUGUGAGAAAUUCCUUAAAAUGCCAGUUUAUUUUAACCAUAAACCAUUAACCUCACACUCACCUUGUCUUUGUGCACAGUUUGGCCAGAGAAAACAACUACUGCAGGUCCAAAACCGCAAUUAGAUUUCACUUUCAUUGAGCAUAAGAGGAAUGCUGUUGUGUCAGUAUGUCUCAAAGUCUCGGUACACUUCCUUAAUGAUAUUUGCCUUUGGGUCGUUAUGUGUCUACAGUUUGGACAGCAGCGUUCACAGUGGACUCUCAGACUGCUUCCAUGCCAACUGUGGUAGUUUUAUGACUUUCUCUGUCAUAUUGGGGAUGUUUCAUGGAGAAGGAAUGCCUCCAGGCAGAGUAAAUGUUUUUGGUUAAGUCUCAUUAACGCCUGUCCUUUUAAAUAAUUGUCCAGCUUCAGGAAGUUGUUUCAGUCAACUGACUUCUAGAAACCAUUUGCUAGUAUUUCCUCCUAGGUGAUCAUUGAAAGGUCACCAAGCCAUGUACUCCUUAGCACCGGAUUUAUAAAGUUGCUUUGUCCUGUAUACCUUUAUUUAGCCUGUUAAAUACAAAGAAUCACUACCUGGAAAAAUUAACCCUACAACAGGGCAGUUCACAUGCAAGUAAAGGUUGUCUUCAGCACUUUCCUUCCCGUGCAUAUUGUAUUUCAGAGGUGUUGGUUGCAGUGACACGUGAGACCUUCCAUUUCCUGUGUGAUCAGAAAGGGCGCUUCUUGUCACAUUCUAAAAAUAGUUGGGUGAAAUAAAGGCGCUGCAUGGGUUUUGCAGCGGAGCCAUAACAAUAUUGACUCAGGCAUCCGUCAGCGGUGGUGUGGUGGCGAGCGGACAGGGUGUGACAUAACACGACAAGCACAACGGCGAGGGGGAAAUUGGAAUGGCAAAGUUGGUGACACAUCUGAGAGUUCAGGCUGAGUCCAUGUUUGACUGAAAAAUAAAACCCUCUCCGGCCGUUGAUUUCUUCCGUAAAAACUUACCGACGUGCAUCAAAGUUCCUGCCUUUAAACCACUCCACGCUUGCUGCGGUUCGAGCACACCAGCUCACCUCAACACUUCAAAACACGCUAAUGCUAUGCUAGAUAAGUCAAUGGCAAGUCAUACAUGUUCGAAGAAUAAUGAUAUAGAAGAUCCCACCCUGAAAGCUGACAGGAUUGGUUAUUUAGCUUUGUUAUGUAUGAAACCCCAGAGCUCUGAAUCCAUGUUUUUUAGACUUUGGAUUCAAGGUGGAAACGCACAAUGCAAAUGCUAAUUUUGCUCAUGAUGUUUCGUUCAGCAUUAAAAAAAACAAAAAAAAAUAUGGAUGGGGCAACAAGGUCGAGAGUUGAGAGUCGAGAGUAUUGCUGUACUGUAACACUUGCACUGGAUUUAGAUGCAUUUACUUGAUUUUUUGGAGGUAAGGUAUGUUUAUUUUUCACAUUUUUCUACAUAUUAUAUGUUAUAGUAAACUUCUGACUACACCCCUGCAACAAUCAUUCCGUAUAAUAUGCAAUAAUAUAUUAGAAGCAAAUAAUCCUAAAUUAAUUAGGUUGUGUUUUCACCCAUAAAUUUAGUUUAUCAAGGUACUAAGGCUUUUAAAGGAGUGUUUAGAAUCAGAGACACUGACAUCACUUACUCUAGUAAUACUCAUUUUAAAAUUCAUUCAUGCUUGUGUGGAAUGUGACGGGUCAAUUUCAGUCUAACUCUAAUUGAAAAGAUCCAUGAUUGAUAUCUCAGGCUCUCUUUUUAGUCCAGGAACUAUUUUGUCUCUGCUAAAACAGACUUCUUGACAAACAUUCUCAUGAUGGAAGAGUUAGUUGGAAUAUUAGCAAGUAGCACAAAUUAAGAUAACGUGAAUGUCUAAAGACUAACUUGGUAAUUAAAAAGUGAAGCUUGAUUGUGGAAGUUUUGUCAAAUAAUUUUCCUCCUGUUACAAUGCUUUCCAGUAUGGAGCAUUCUUGUGUUUGUGCAGGUCUGUACAGGUGUAAAUGGGUUUCAGUAAUGAAACAUUUGCUAUACUAUUUUUGUGAUGAUAAAACUGUCCUGUGUUUUUGGAGAUUUUUAUACAGUCCUGAAAAAUACUGAACUUAUUUAUAUCCUUAGGGCAAUUCCUGUUCCUUAUUUCAUGUUAUUUUACUACUGUCUGUUCUUUUUCUAGUUUAUUUGUUUUUAAACCUAAAUGUUCUAAUUGAUGUUUUUUUAUUCCCAACUUUUAUAUUUUUUUGUUAUUUCUUAUCCAAUUAUUUGCCUAUAUUCUUUUAUUUUCUUACUUGGUUAGAUUGUAAACGAGGCCUUCAUAUUUCAGUGUACUUUGACUAUAAAGGUUGAAUGAAGGAUUUAUUGCUCAUAUCAUGUUCUUCUUUUCCAUAUUUCAUAUAAUAACUGUGUGAUCUCUCAUGUGAAGGUUUGUCUUGUCUUGGAGUGCACAUCUAGCGAAUGUAAAUCAGAGGUUCUGGUUUCAGAGUCGAUGAAAGGAAGACAGGCCCACACAAAUAACUUGGUAAAAUGAAGGGUUGCCUCGUUAGUUUACGAAGCUCUAACAUUAAGGCAAAAUCUAGGAGGACUGACACCCAGUUUCUUCCUCUGUUGUGAGCUGUAUAACAUGUACUUCCCUGUAAGUUGGAGUGUAACUUUAUACCUUUGGCUCUUGUCUAAAGCCAGUAUGAGACUCAGAUGCAUUAUUCUUUGCCAUAAAUAGCUCUGAAUGACACUUGCUCUUUGUGAAUUAACGUUUUUCCAGCAUUUGCAUGACAACUCUCUCCGGCUAGACUCCUCAAAGUGUCACUCAAGCUGCAUGGUUGGAUGUCAGAUGUUUGACUGACCAGCUUUGUGGGAGUCAUCCAGUCGACGUCAACCAAAGAGCACAGCUGGCUUGAUCCAGCUGCAAGUUUCAGAUGUGGUAACAUCUGCCCAGAUGCUCAGACCAGUGAGGGCCUAUUUUGAAAUGUGCGGCCUUGUUAGGUCAAAAAAUCAAAAAAGAAACGAAUGCAUGAAUAACUCCCGUCGCUUUGCCUCCUCUCAGCUGGUUUGGAGGAGGUUGAGAAAAGCAGUCAUAACCACUCACUCACUCAGGAUGCUUGCUUUUUCAUCUGCUGGCAUUUCUGCUUCACAUUGUUGUGUUUUAUGUACGACUAGCACUGAGUGAAUCACUAAGUUGUGUUUCUCGUCCGUUGCUCUUGAACAGACUGGCUGAAUGAAAACACUGUCUCUGUUCACAUGGCUGCUGCUGCUGCUGCUCUUGGCUCUACGAAGGGUCUCAGAAACACAGUCCAAAGCUGCACGUCUCUCUUCCGUGCCCUCCUCCCGACUUCUGCUGGGUUGGCUGGUUAAAUCAGUGAGCAUUAGUGGGCGUGAGCGUGUGUGUGUGUGUGUGUGCUGGUGCUCCUAGGGCGCAUGCGAACUGAGGCCCAAAGGGGAAAGCCUUCCACAUCAAGAUCUAAGCCAGCUGCCCUGCUUUAAACACUUCACUGCAAGAAGAGUAGCAGAGAGCGGGAACCUGAAUGCAUCCCCUGCUAACAGUCCGCUCAAAGGACGCAGGCGAGGAAGGCAAGCAAGCAGCUACUGAUUGUAGGCUUUGCUCUUAGUUAGGAGUCUCUCUGCUUCAGGUUCUCAGGACUUAAAGGGCACUUGCUGCCCUGAGAGGGGGCUAUUGAAGCAAACUGACCCCUGAGGUGAAGGAAAAUCAGUUUGUGUGAAGGUCUGUUGAGAGGAGGAGGGAACAGGCAGCAGUUAGUGGGAGGUGGGAGGCCACGGUGGGGCUCCUGCUCUUCUCAAGAAGGAGACGAAGCAGUUGCCAGGAAGCUGGGAAAGAGGAGGAGAUGGCCACUGGAGAAAUCACAACACUUCCCUCUGCACCUGAAGACGGUGGCAGCAGCGGAUUUCCUCCCGGGAGCUUCAAGGAGCCCAAAAGGUUGUACUGUAAAAACGGCGGCUUCUUCUUGAGGAUUAAGUCUGAUGGGGGAGUGGACGGAAUCCGGGAGAAAAACGACCCCCACAUAAAACUUCAACUCCAGGCGACCUCGGUGGGAGAAGUGGUCAUCAAAGGAGUUUGCGCGAACCGAUAUCUGGCAAUGAACAGAGACGGACGUCUGUUUGGAGCGAGACGAGCGACAGAUGAAUGCUACUUCUUGGAGCGACUUGAGAGCAACAACUACAACACCUACCGCUCCAGGAAGUACCCAAACAUGUACGUGGCGCUGAAGCGGACUGGCCAGUACAAGUCUGGAAGCAAAACUGGACCGGGUCAGAAGGCCAUUCUGUUUCUUCCCAUGUCUGCCAAGUGCUAAUGUGGGAGCUGACAGAGAGAUACUGAAGUCUUAGUGGAAACGACGAAGGAGAAGAUGUGACGGCAAUGAAGACAGUGUUCCAUCAACAUUGCCCAAAAUAGCUGUGAUGCUUGACUGUUAAAUCCUAACAGUUCCUUUUUUUUUUUUUUUUUUUACAAAUCCUGAACACGUCUGCUAUUAUUCGGCUUUACUUUGCAACAGUGCCGCACAUUUAUACCUAGCUGUAAAACCAGAAUUUUACUGUCAACACUGCAGCAACUGGAGCCAGGCGCCUUGCUCAAGUGCCCCUCAGUUGAAUGGCAGCAAAGCACAAUUUCCUUUUUUUUUUUUUUUUAAAUCUGUAGAGCCUCCCUCACAGCAAAAGUCUGCUUACUAACCUUUAGUUUCUAACAGUAUAACCUAAUUGUCUCCUAGAUGAGAGGAUCUGUGUUAAAGCCUACAUUACUGUAAUUGUAUUUAAUCAUUUUGGAUCUUGUAAUAGAAAAUUUAAUUUGGCAAAAUGAAAAGUAACCACACAAAGCCAAGCGCUGCUUCUACAGAUUUAAAAAUCUUUCUUUUACUAUUCUGUUUUCACUCUAGAUUAAUAAGUUAAUUAUGUAAUAUUCAGUGAAUGAUUUUAAUUGUCUUUUAACUAGCCAGUGGGCUAAUUUAGGAAGGCAGCCUGCAUAAAUGAUGAUAUUUAUAUAGUAGCUGUUAGCGUUAAGACUGGUGAUUAGCUGGCUAACAAGCUAGAAUGAUGGUGACAUCAUUUGUUCCCAAUCACUAUUUCAAAUGAUUUCAGAACCAUUACCUUUAAAAAAAAUUCAAAUCAGCUGCUCGCAGUCCCCGUGGACACCAAAAAGUGUUAAAUAAACCGUAUAAAACUGCAGUAAUUGCAAGUACCAAAGUGAUUGUAAAGAAACCACAAAGUCAGUAUGCUUGUAGUUGAAAAUCUAUUGCACCUUAUUUCUUCUGCAGUAACAGUCCAGUCAUUAAUACACUUUAAAUAUGAGUAAUACUGACAGCCACGUUUCAGCAUAGCAAGUCAUAACAUGCCGAUUCGAUGGCGUCCUAUGAUUUCAGCGUUGUAGGAAGCUGUCGGUGGUACAGCUGGUAAAACAUCCCCGAGUAGACGGCAGGAAGCUCCUCCAUGGUGAGGUCCACCCUGUUGAAGCCGUGCUCCAGGCCGUGAAGCAGGAGUCUGGCGAUGCGAGUGGUGAUGGGUGUGGUGUCGUUGGUUUUGGCCAGCUCGCCGAGGUCCAGCCACUCGCAGCGCAGACACUCCUGAGUGCAGAAGUUGAUCUCGUAGGUGAGCGGACUCAGUCGGCAGAUGAUGUACAUGUCCGACAUGCCGAAGGCGCCGGGGUGGUUGUGCUGCUGCCGGAUGCUGAGCAGAGAUCUGAACUCGGAGCGGACGCCGGUUUCCUCAAACACUUCCCGAACGGCAGUGGCACCUGAGAAAGAUCCAUGUAACAUUUAUAUGUGGAGGCAUUUAGGAGAUCCUGACAACGAGGAAUGUCUUUCUAUUCCCUUGUCAGCAUUACUUUGCAGACUGUUUUUUAGGAUGGGAGGAAAAGGGAAAAUACAUAUUUUAUUUUUUUGUAAAGAAAAACAAUUGAUGCUGCUUUUUGGGUUGGUUCUUGUAUAUAAUUUUAAAGCUGCUUUAAAAUCAUUAAAAAGGUGAAUUUGGAGAGACAGAAUCUGCAUGUACAGUUAAGCCCCAAAUUAUUCAUAUCCAUGCCAUAUUUUGAUUUAGAGGUAAUUUUUAUUUGAUCAAUAGGUGUCUUCUGACUAAAAAUGACAGAGAAUUAACAAAAAACAGUGAAAUAUUGUGUUAGAGAAGCUAAUGAUAGAUUUAAACUAGUUUUUCCUUUCCUAAAGCAUUUUUUCUACAUUUCUAUUAAACAAAAGCCAUGUCUGAAUUUAUUCACUCUCUCUCAGUUUUUAAUGACAAGGCCUUUAUUUACCACAAUAACAAUCAAAAAGUUCUUCUAAUUGCUAACAGUCUUUCUGUCUCCACUCUUCUUUGUGAUGAUCUCCAGGUCUUCCUCACCGUCACUCUGGUUUUCAGAUCUUCCACAGAUUCUCAAGUGAUCUUUUGGUUGCCGCUCCAAAAUGUUCCUAUUUUCUGUUCGCCACUUCUUGACCACUUUGACUGUAUGUUUCCUAAGUUUUUCUCCAGAAUCUCGAUGUCGUCCUCUUCUCCCGUGAUGCCGUUUACUUUGACGAGGCUGCCUGGACCAUCGGCUGAAAACACCCCUAAGGCAUCACAUUUCCACCACCACUGUAGGGAUGUAGGGUGUUCUUGGCUAAAUGCUUUCUCUCACCAAACCAAAGCCACGUCGCUGUGGUCAAGCGACUCCAUUUUCGUCUCAUCUGGCCACAGAACCAAAAGCUUUCCUUUUUGUUCAGGUGAGCAUUUUGUUGUUGGAGAUGUGGAGUUCAACCGUGCUCAGUGUCUGCUGGAGUCUCAUUGAGAUGCUGAUAGAUUCAUUAGGAAGGUCUAGGUGGUGAUUCUUGGAUUCUUCUUGGCCUCUUCCACUUCUAUUCUUGACGAUAAUGUUUUGCCCUGUGGCUACUGGCACUUAAAAACAACUGGAUAUGGCUUUGUAGCCUUUUCCUUACAACACCAGCUGUUUAACCAUCAUUUGACAAGAAAACAUCUGCAUUUUUCUGUGCAUUACAAAGCCAUAGAACAUGGUAGAAAUUACUAGGACUGCUAGGAAAUGUACAGAAUCCCACAGUCAUUUCAAGGGUAUGAAUAAUUUUGGACAUGGCAUUUUUCAUAAAAAUGUUAACCAUCAUAUCUUGCUGUCUUUUGUCACUUGUUUUUGUUUUUCCAGGCAAUGUUGAUCGGAUAAAAAUUCCCUCUAAAAGUAUUUCAUUCGGUGUGAAUACUUUGGGGCUUAACUGUGCAUCAUUAUUGUGUACAGUUCAAAUGAAUGUAUCAUCUUUAACUAUAAUACUGAGCUGUAAAAGAUUUAGCUAGAUGUACUGUAACGUUUUUUUUGCUCUGCUGAGCGUGACACUCACCAAUAUUUUCUCCUGGAUCGGACAAACCACCGGGGAACUUCCAAGCAUUCUUUGUCUGAAAUUCCAGAGCAAAGUGAAAGUCAGUUGUGAUAGACGGCACUGCUGUAGAAGUAUCUUAGAGGAGCAUCAACAUGUACACUACAUCUGUUUGCUCUCGUAUAACAAUCAAACGUCACUUGUUUCUUUAAAAAAAGGGAACUAAAUAGUUUUUUUUUCCGUCUUUAAGACAACAAGUCAGUCGCCGGUCAGGUUUUGGGGGGGAUGUGUCAUGUCAUGCGACACAGGAAGAGAAAAUGCUUGAGGGUCUGAUCUGAACAUCCUUCCAUUUUAGGCUUUAGAUUUUAGUGCCUCACUAUGGACACUGUUGCUGCGGUGAAGUGUGUCUUCCAAAACUGUUUCACCACUUAUCAUUGAUAUUUAAUAACAGUAUGCUGCUGGUUAAGUUAUGAUGUCAGUGCGUGUGUGUAUAUAUAUUUUUGUAGUCACUUAAAGAAUGUUGUAUGCCUCGCUUCCCUUUUUUUUUUUGUCAGACAGAAAUGCUAUUUUAUCUUAGAUUUUUUGUUUGGUUUUUUGCAAAUCCUCUCUUUGUGGGGAAUACAAAUGCACUACGGCAUUUAUUUUCAUGUAUUGUCAACAAAAUGCUAUAUUUUUGGAGCUAAAAUGUGCUGGUAGAAAGAAAUAAAAACAGAUUUUGUGUAACUCUAA